CAGCAUCCCUGUGCGUGGAGGCCCCUCGGUGGGCACAGGACACAAGACAACCCUCACUUUGAUUUUCUCUGGGGAAUCAGCAGCUUACCUUGUUGUGCAGCAUGAAGAUUGCGGUAGAAGGCUGUUGCCACGGGGAGCUGGACAAGAUCUACGAGACAAUCGGCUAUCUGGAGAAGAAGGAAGGAGUCAAAGUGGACCUGCUGCUUUGCUGUGGAGACUUCCAAGCAGUGCGAAAUGAAGGAGACAUGAAGUGCAUGGCGGUCCCCGCCAAGUACAGAACGAUGCAGACCUUUUACAAGUACUAUUCUGGAGAGAAGAAGGCUCCAGUCCUGACCAUCUUCAUCGGAGGGAACCACGAGGCUUCCAACCACCUGCAGGAACUGCCUUAUGGAGGCUGGGUGGCACCCAGCAUUUAUUAUCUGGGUUAUGCCGGCGUCGUUCGCUACAAAGGGAUUCGAAUUGGUGGCUUAUCUGGGAUCUUCAAAUCACGAGACUACAGAAGGGGUCACCAUGAAUUCCCUCCAUACAAUCCUGAUACACUCCGAAGUGUAUACCACAUCCGUAAUAUUGAGGUUUUCAAAUUGAAGCAGAUCCAGAUGCCCAUAGACAUUUUCAUGAGCCAUGACUGGCCUCGUGGAAUCUACCACUACGGAAGUACGGGGGAGUUGUUGCGGAAGAAGAAGUUUCUGCGUCAGGAAGUGGAGUCCAACACGCUGGGAAGUCCUGCUGCUGAGGAGCUCCUAUCUCACCUCCAGCCCAGCUACUGGUUCUCUGCACAUCUUCAUGUCAAAUUCGCCGCGGUUAUGCAACAUUCGCCUAAAGCUAAUGCUGCCCCGCGUGUGACCAAAUUCCUGUCCCUGGAUAAAUGUCUCCCCUACAGGGAAUUCUUACAGAUUGUGGAUGUUCCAGAAAGACCGGGUUCAUCUGAGGGUCUUGAGUAUGAUCCAGAGUGGCUCGCUAUUCUGAAGGCCACCAACAGUCUGCAAAGGACCACACCUCACCCCUGGAACCCCCCAGAGAACAACGGCCUGCACGAACGGUGGGACUUCAGACCUUCAGAAGCAGCUAUGAUGAAGGUGGUGGAGGAUUUGAACGGCGACCUCGCCAUUCCAGACAAUUUUAGCCGGACUGUGCCCGCCUAUGACCCCAACAAGCCUCAGCCUUACGUCACUCCAACCUGCCACACCAACCCUCAGACCACCGAGCUCUGCGCCACGUUCGGUCUCACAGACCUCUACGCCUAUUCGGGGCAGGGAGGUGUUGAUUUGGGGAGAAUUCAGAGCAGUACCGGAGGGGAGGAGGAGGAGGACGACGAAGACGGACAAAGCCUGGGAAGUGCGGACGAACCCAGCGAGUACCCAACCGACACCUCGGGAUUGUCGGGUUCAUUUAAUCCCGAUGAGAUCACGAUAGAGGACGAGUGGGAGGAAGAGGAGGGAAAAGGGGAGGUGGAGGGCAACUCCAAGGCAGCGGUAAAGGGAGAUCAGCUCCCUGAUGUACCCGUAGGUGAAGUCCACACCCCGAGCCGUAUGGUCCUGCCCGCGCCCAAAUCUGACACCUCGCCCCCCACCCUCAUGUCCCACCUGAUGAACCUGCCGCCCCCCCUCCACUCGACCCCGGCUGUAGCCCGUUCUCACGAAGCAGAAAGAAGACAGCGCUGUGAGGAAGACGAUGAAGAGGAAGAUGCCUCCUCAGCUGUACGUAUCCUAAAACGUAGCAGCGACGAGGCCAAAGCUCCCGGCAGUAAAAGCACAACUCCCUGUAUCAAACGCAGGAACCAGGUGAUCUAUACAACAGCGGGGGAUGACGAGAGCGAGGAUUAGAGGGCGGGGUGAGGAAAGGAGCUACUGACUUGACAAAGCAGAGGUGUGGCUUUUUUUAAAUAUCCUAAAAGCAGUCCGUACACGACAAAAGAGGGUUAGUUCCUACGGAAGAACCAUUCUAGCCAUGGAAAUGUUUCUCCUCUUUUGUUCAAAUAUAAUUUGUAUAUAUUUUAAUUAAACCAAGGGAAUUUA